AUGUCUAAGCUAGAUAUUAAAGACAAUGCCUCAGUUAUCUGUGUUCACGAGAAAUCAGGAAGUGAUGGCCUGGACCCCAAGGACCUGAGGGGUAAGCCUCAGUUAAGAUGUGCGAGCAGUGCACUGCGCUCGCCAAGGGCAUGGUCCCCAAAGCCAGGAUCNGGCCUCAACUCCAGUCGCCAGGGCCCGGCGCUGCGAGGCAGCCGGCACCCGCAGGCCCGGGGCCGCGAACCCACGGCGGAGAGAAGGAGCAGGACCCGAGGUCCCAUCGGCCCUGGCAAGUAUGGUUAUGGGAAGGCCCCGUACAUCUUGCCAUUGCAGACGGAUUCUGCACACCCACCCCAGAGGCUUCGGCGGCAGAAGCCCUCACCCCGGAAUUCCAGGUCCCAGGGGGCCGCUGGCUCUAGCCAUAGCUACCACCCUUCAGCUCAGCAGGCCCCCCAGCAUGGACCUCUGUACCAGAGUGACAGUGGCCCGCAUUCUGGACUGCAAGCCUCAGAGGGCUCUGUCUACCAGCUGCCUUUGACCCGUGACCAAGGCUUCCCUGCAUCCUCCAGUCUCUUCCACAGCCAGGAAGCAAGCAGCAGCCCUGGGCUGGGGGCCCCCAGGGCAGCUCAGAGCUUCUCCCAGCCCACCAGAUCUACAGCCAUCUCCUGCAUCGGGGCCUAUCGGCAGUACAAGCUGUGCAACACGAACGUGUGUCCAGAAAGCAGUAGAAGUAUCUGGGAGGUACAAUGUGCAUCCUACAACAACAAGCCGUUCAUGGGCCGUUUUUAUGAAUGGGAACCAUUUGCAGAAGUCAAGGGCAACCGGAAGUGUGAGCUGAACUGCCAGGCGAUGGGCUACCGCUUCUAUGUGCGGCAAGCUGAGAAGGUCAUUGAUGGCACCCCCUGCGACCAGAAUGGCACGGCCAUCUGUGUGUCCGGGCAGUGCAAGGUAAGUGCCCCGGACUGGGGUAUCUGCUGUAGGUCUCGGGGUGUUUGGUCUGUUCCUGCCAACUGCGCUGUUUGCCAGGCUGUGGUAUGCUUCCUCCCCAUCACCUGUGGUCCACCCCCCCACCCCCACUCUGAACCAUGA